CAGACCGCUGUUCUUCUUCUUAGCGACAGAUGUGAGAGCUGAAAGAUGAAGUUGCAGGUUCUGCUGUUCUCCUGGAUGCUUCUUGGAUCAGCUGUGGAGUCAGUCUCACUGCCAGAAAUCACAGAUGGAAACUUUAUUGAGGAGUGUGUGAAGGAGCACAACAGGGCUCGGUCAGCCGUCAGCCCACCUGCAAGAGACAUGCUUUACAUGACAUGGGACGAGGGUUUGGCGAUCACAGCAAGAGCGUGGGCGCGACACUGCCUAUUUGAACACAACAUUUACCUGGAAGAUGCUCGCCGGGUCCACCCCAAAUUCUCCUCCGUGGGGGAGAACUUAUGGGCUGCCUUCCCACCAUCCCAGUUCAGCGUAAGAAGAGCCGUGAAUAACAGCUGGGUCAAUGAAAAGAUCUACUACGACUACGACAAGAACAACUGCAGAAAAGAACCGUGCGGUCACUACACUCAGGUCGUUUGGGCAAGCAGCUACAAGGUUGGUUGCGCAGUCCAGUUGUGCCGGGAUGGAGUCAAAGAAACAAGCUUCGCCCAUCAACAGGGCGUCAUCUUUGUGUGCAACUACGCAACAGCUGGGAACUUUGAUGGAGAGAAACCAUACGAAUCAGGAGAACCGGCCUGUUCCAAAUGUGACGGCACCUGUGUGGACAAACUCUGCCGAAGUCCGGAGAGAGACGCACUGCAACGUUACAACUGGACCCCAGACUGGGAUCCUGCCCUCAAAUCAAGCGGCACCAGCUACGUUGCUGUUCUGGUCACGCGACCGGUUGCCCUCAUCUGCACAUUCGUGGCCGCGUAUGUGGUCCACCACUUUUACCCCAACGUCUUCUGCUAUGAGUAGACGCCAUUUUGUGUCAUGGAGACGGUCAACCCACAUCAUAAAAGCUGAGUAUAUAUAAAACAUGCCUUCACCUGGGCCUCUGACCCAAAGGAACUCCUUCAUACAUCACAGAGGAACACCUCUGCAGCACGCACUGCGAGGAAUUCUUCACAAGUGGUUACAGAUUUCUUAAAUAAUCUAAAUUUGUGAAUAAAUAUUACCAGACAAGCAAUGAGUUUGCAAUGCAAAUAUACAAAAAUAUAUAUAGCAAGAUAGGAAUGCAAAAUGUGUGUUUUACUAAAGAAUUGUCAGACCAUGGAAACUAAUGCAGUGGAAAUUUGUUUUGUAUAAACACUGACCACAGAAAACAAAAAAAGUCUACUUAAGUCUACUUUGAGAUGGUCAUUUGACCAGAAGCAGGAAAUCUUUUUUUCCUUCAUUUUAUUAGAAGUUGUGAUCACAGAUUCACCAGAGGAAAUAUAAAUAUUUACAAAUAAACGUGUAAAAAAGUUCUGCUG